AUGUCUGCUGGGAGCCUCGGGAGAAAGGUGUGGAGGCUGAUGGCUGUCUGUGUGUGGGUGGAGAGCGAGAGAGAUUGGUGUUGCCACUACGUCCUGGACUCAAGCUAUCUCCUGGCGCUCCCUGCUUUUGGGGAACACCGCCCUGUUGGUUCCAAGUAUGCUUUGGUUCCUGUCCAAGCCCACUUGGGCUGCUCACUUUGCUGGGAGAUCCCGGCCCCUCUGAAAGGUGUGCUGCUGCGGGCCCCAGCACCGGGGAUGCUGGAGCAGCUGGUGGGGUGGGGCGGAGGCGCCGACAAGAACCAGCCUGUGGCGGGGACUGGGGGUGGCAGCAGGGAGCCUCUGGAAGCGGGGGUCUGCAGCAGGGGGAGCGGGCAUUGCACGCUGACCUGGAGGCCCUCUCCCAGAGCUGGGGGUGCAGAGGUGCCUUGGUCGUGGGGCCAGCAGGCCUCGUGCAGGGGCCCUGGCAGACCCUGGCCCACUGUGCACCUCGCUGCAGGAGUCCGGGGUGCCCCUCCCGGCUGCCGGAGUGUACCGCCUGGGACGCGGCUCACCCUCCUGAUCGGAACCUGGUGCCUGGAAGACGUCCCAGCUCCCUGGAGGCGCGCCCUGCACCGUCAGGCAUCUCCUGCCCAUCCCCACACUCCCAGCCGGGACCCCUGCGCAGGACAGGCGGGGGCCCUUGUACCCCCACUGCCCCCAGCCCUGGGGACUCUCCCUGCUCCAUCCAGACCGCAGAGCUGCUCUGCUCCUCAGCCAUGGCCCCCGUCACCGCCUGGGGUGGCCACUCCCGCUGUUCAUACGCGCCACUGUCCUGAGUCCCUGGGACUCAGUAGGUGCCUUGUCAUCAUGACGGUGACUGAGCUGACUCCACGGGCCCACGUCAGCACAAGGAGUCAUCCAGCCACGGAGGCUGUGGAUUCAGAAACAGACAUCCAUUCAUUGAGGCAAAUGUGAAAGGACAGAAAGUUAUAAAGAAGGAAACAGACAUCACCUUGGUGUUCCCAUCUUUCAGAGAUAACCUUUGUUAGCAUCUCGUGGUAUUUCCCUCUACCUUUACUCCUGUGUAAAUAUAUGUAAUACUUAUCACAUGAUUUGUAAUAUGUAAUUACUUUUCACACACAGGGUCAUACUGUGUGUAUUCUAUAUCUUCAUUUUUAAUGUAUAAAUCCACUGAGUUAUGAGACCAUGACAUUAAGUAUUUUAAUGCCUGUGUGUUUAUGGUCUACUGUUGUUUAUUUGCCAUCCAGCCCCUCAUUACUUGGACAACCCCACAUCUUUUUUGUUUUUAUCUCUGUGUAUAUAAGCAUGCAAUGAACAUUUGCCUAUUUGAAU